AUUUUGUUCACUUUUGUCGACUCAACAGUUUUGCCCAUAUCUCGUGUGCAACUCUGUUACCUCACGUCGUCCAUCGAUGGCGGUGCCGUUUUUCAAUCUCGCGCCCGACAUGGCCGUCUCAAGGCUCUGCUUAGGCUCGAUGACUUUCGGCGAGCAGAACUCCUUUCCUCAGUCUCUCCAGCUGCUCGACAGAGCCUUCGAAUCUGGAAUCAAUUUCUUCGACUCUGCCGAGAUGUGCGGCUCUACGUAUCCGGUGCCACAGCGUCUGGAAACCCAGGGAAGGAGUGAGGAAUAUUUGGGGCGGUGGAUUAGGUCGAAAAAAAUCCCGCGUGACCGCGUGGUUCUUGCUACAAAGUGUCGAAAAGAUAUUGGUAUGGAUAUGAAGUUUGUGGAUAUGGUAGAAUAUGAUAUUGGUGAUGUUGCUGAUCUGCUGUUAAUUUGUCGGUUGCCUGGAUAAACGUUGGCAAAACCAUGUGUAAUUGGGACUUGGGAGGAGAUAGGUUAGUGGGCCAUCGGGGCAAAUGACGUGGAUUCGAAAUGGACCAGAAAGCCUUGAUGCCAAGAAUAUAGCUGAGGCACUUGAUAACAGUUUGCUUCGCCUGCAAAGUGACUACAUUGACUUGUAUCAAAUUCAUUGGCCUGACCGGUUUGUACAUUGCCCCUGUCUUGUAUCCUCCGCUCAGUAAAGAUAAGAAUAAUGUGUUACAAUAAGUAUACAUUUUCAAAGAGCUGCGUGUCUAUUGAGCCGCAUAUCUCUCGAGUUGCAGAUGAACUUCCAUAAAGUACAUCAAACUUAUCACUGGAUUGUUUACAUCCUGACAAAGAUUUUCCUCCAGAUACGUUCCUAUGUUUGGAGAAACUGAGUAUGACCCGUCCCGAAACUUUUCUUCUGUCAGUUUUGAGGAACAACUUGGUGCACUCGACAAAGCUGUUAGUGCUGGUAAGGUAAGAUAUAUUGGGCUGAGUAAUGAAACUCCAUAUGGUCUCAUGAAAUUUCUCCACGUUUCUGAGAGCGUCAUCAAUGCUAGAAUAGUAUCUGUGCAGAACUCUUAUAACCUUCUUAAUCGAAAUUUCGAUGCCGGGAUGACCGAGUGUUGUCAUCACGAGAGGGUAUUCUUAUUGGCCUACAGCCCUUUGGCUAUGGGCAUCCUCUCUGGGAAGUAUCUCUCACUUGAUGGAUGCCCAGCAGAUGCUCGCUUGAAUCUUUUUAGAGGGAGGUAUGCUGAAGGGGAGUCAAGAUACAACUUGUCUAAAGAUGUCACUAGAAAAGCCACUGAAUUAUAUAUUUCCAUUGCAAAAAAGCAUGGUUUUCAUCCUGUAUCACUCGCAAUAGCUUUUGUUUUAAGACACCCUCUUGUUGCAAGUGCUGUUUUCGGAACAACUAAACUGUGGCAGCUCGAGGAAGUACUCAAUGGUUGCACCGUGCAGCUUACUCCAGAGAUAGUUGCGGAAAUUAAUGAAGUUCACUCAGCUUUUCCUAAUCCUUGUCCCUAACAAACAUGACAUUCUCUGUAAGCUUGGUGUUCGAAUUUGUCUACAGUUAAAAAUUAGUGUUGAAAAGUAGGAGUGAGAUUUUUUUCUUGUCCAUGGAUAUGUUUUAGUUUUUAUUUGGCAAAAGGGUAUCAAAUGUGCAGGACAAGAAUUAUGAUUAUUUGGACUUUUGCAGGUAAAGUUGCAAUUGUAAUUGUUUGUGGGUGAAUUCACUCACAUACUCUACUCACACACCUACAAGGGUGUGUGUUGAUCUGACAAUAAGAGUAUAUGUUGAUCCGACAAUUAAAUCCUUGUGGGGUAAGGUAUUCAAAUG